CACAUGCGUAACUCCGCCCUAAUCGAGCGCGCAUGCGUAAACCUGCCCCCCGCUCAUGCGCUCUGAAGCUCCUCGGUUGCUGCGGCAACCGGCCGAGUUCGAGGAAGGGCUGGAGGCUUCGGUAGGCCGCAGUAGGCCGCAAGGGGAAGGAGAAGGAAAAAGGAGGACGCAGGAAGACGCGGAGGGACACAGCGGGGCUGCAGCGAUGUCAGAUUCCGGGCAGAGCCCGGCUCCGGGCGUGCGGCGGCGGUGGCCGAGGGAGAAAGAAGGCGACGGGAGCGGGGACCGGAGGGAGCCCACGGAGGAGCCUGGCGCGCUGCUGCCGAAGACACCCAUCAUCCUGGCAAAGCCGCCGGCCGAGCGGCAGGUAAAGGCCGCGGCAGGUCCCGCCCCGCCCCCUCCCGGCCCCGCCCCGCCCAUCGUGCUGAUGAAGGCGCGGGGGGAGGAGGGGAGGGCCGGCGUCGGAGCUGGGGAGGGGGCUGCGAUCGCCCCCCCCCGGGAGAGGGAGGGACCCCGGCCCACCCAGCCUGUCUAUCAACUGCACGGCAGGGGGCUGCCCCCCCCUGGGGCCAUGGACCCGGUUGCGGGUCAGGCGCGGCUGGCGGCUCCUGAGAAGAUGAAGAGCAGCAUCAAACUGGUGGACGAGCAGAUGAACUGGUGCGACAGCGCCAUCGAGUUCCUGCUGGACCAGACCGACGUCUUGGUGGUGGGGGUGCUGGGGCUGCAAGGCACCGGGAAAUCCACCCUCAUGUCCCUGCUGGCAGCCAACCAGCCUGAGGAGGACCCGCGGGCUUUCGUCUUCCGCCCUCAGAGCCCUGAGCUGAAGGAGCGGGGGGGCAGCCAGACCUGCGGCAUCGACUUCUUCAUCACCCAGGAACGCGUCGUCUUCCUCGACACCCAGCCCAUCCUCAGCCCUUCCAUCCUUGAUCACCUCAUCAACAAUGACCGCAAGCUGCCCCCCGAGUACAGCCUGCCCCACACCUACGUGGAGAUGCAGUCGUUACAGAUCGCUGCCUUCCUCUUCACCGUCUGCCACGUGGUGCUGCUGGUGCAGGAUUGGUUCACUGACCUCGGUCUCUACAGGUACGGGGCGGCUAGCCCCCACUGCCCCCCCCUGCCCCCAAGCCCCCCGCGCUGUGUCCCCCCCCCCCCCCCCCAAACAGUGUUCAUACAGAACCGCGCUCGCCCUGAAGCCUUUUGCCCCCGCCGCCUGCAGCAGAUGCAUGGGAUCCUGGACCGCCUGAUGGCCCAUUCCCACCUCAAGUACAAGGGCUCUCUCUCCAUGCUGGAUUGCGGGCUGUUCCCUGGGCUCCCGGAAGGUUUCCUCCCCACCGAGGUGAAUCUUUUCCUGCUGCCCCCCAUGGAGGCUGAAGCUGAGGACGCUCCUCCUCGGACCGCUCCUGGGGGGGGUCCCCUCUUCCCCCUGCUCCCCCCAUACCGAGGCCACGGCACUUUUGGGACCCUUCUGGCCCGGCUGCGGGGUCGGGUGCUGGCAGCUGCUCGGGCUCAGCUCUCCCACACCCUCCUGACUGAGCGUAACUGGUUUCACUACGCUGCCCGCAUCUGGGACGGGGUGAAGAAGUCCUCAGCGUUGGCCGAGUACAGCCGGCUGCUGGGCUGAGCCCCAAACGCCGGGAGUCACCCCAAAAAUGGGGCCCUGCAAGCAAAUAAAACUCACUGGACCC